AUGGCGACAAAGGUGGGCAAGGACGGGAAGAAGCCGCCAUCAGCAGCUACCAAUCUCAUAGCUGGUGGUGGCGCCGGUAUGAUGGAGGCCUUGGUAUGCCAUCCUCUCGACACAAUCAAGGUGCGCAUGCAGCUGUCACGCCGUGGGCGGCAACCAGGGCUGCCCAAGCGCGGGUUCGUAGCAACGGGUCUCGAAAUCGUGCGCAAGGAGACGCCGCUCGGCCUGUACAAGGGACUGGGCGCCGUCCUGACGGGUAUCGUGCCCAAGAUGGCGAUCCGCUUCACGUCGUUCGAAUCCUACAAGCAGCUCCUCGCCAACAAGGAGACCGGCGUCGUGGCCGGCCAGAGCCUCUUCCUCGCUGGUCUCGCUGCGGGCGUCACCGAGGCCGUCGCCGUCGUCACUCCCAUGGAGGUCGUCAAGAUCCGGCUGCAGGCGCAGCACCACAGCAUGGCUGACCCGUUGGACGUGCCCAAGUACCGCAAUGCCGCGCAUGCGCUGUACACGAUUGUUAAGGAGGAAGGCGCCGGCGCGCUGUACCGUGGUGUGUCGCUGACGGCGCUGCGCCAGGGCAGCAACCAGGCCGUCAACUUCACGGCGUACACGUACUUCAAGGAGUGGUUGUUCCAGUGGCAGCCGGAGUAUGCGGGCGGGAGUUUGCCCAGCUACCAAACGACGCUGAUCGGUCUUGUUUCGGGUGCUAUGGGUCCGCUGAGCAAUGCACCGAUUGACACCAUCAAGACGAGACUGCAGAAGAUGAAGGCCGAGGAGGGCACGUCGGCACUGCAGCGGAUUACCAGGAUCGCGGGGGAUAUGUUCAAGCAGGAAGGAAUGCAUGCCUUCUACAAGGGCAUCACACCCCGUAUCAUGCGUGUUGCGCCCGGUCAGGCCGUCACGUUCACCGUUUACGAGUACCUGAAGGAGCACCUCGAGAGGAGCGGGCCGGCGAUUUUGACGGGCGGGAAAUACGAAGAAUAA